AUGAUUUUCACACAUCUCGUCCUUUCUUUAUUUCCAGUUUUGGCUCUUGCCUCAACAGGCCAUACAGAAGAUGACGCUUUAGCGCUUUCAAACGAUCCCAGUUAUAGGAAAAGGUGUACUGUCAAGUCUCUCGGCAGCGUCGACGAAGAUGAUGCCCCAGCCGUCCGCGACGCGUUUAAGAAAUGCGGCAAGCAUGGGAAGAUUGUUUUUGAGGACUCCGAAUAUCACAUCAACACUGUUCUAAAUACCACGGGACUCGAGGACGUCAGCAUAGAUAUCCGCGGUGAACUUUUGUGGGGUACAGAUAUCAAUUACUGGCUGAACAACUCCCUGCCCGUGGGCUACCAAAAUCAGUCAACCGCUUGGGUUCUAGGCGGAAACAAUAUACGCAUCAAUGGGUUUGGGACCGGCACUUUCAACGGCAAUGGCGACGUUUGGUACAGUUUCAUCCGGCAGCAGCCCAAUACCUCAAACUACCCUGGACGCCCACACGCCAUCACGUUCAACGGGUUGACCAAUUCAGUUGUCAAAGGGCUUAGAUUCUUGAGGAGCCAGAUGUGGACAAUGUCCAUCAUCAACUCUCAUAAUGUUGAUUUGGCGGAUAUCUUUGUUAAUAACACCGGAAACGUAUACAGUAGCUCGAACACGGACGGCGCCGACACGAUCAGAUCGUCCGGGAUCAGGUUUGACAACUGGACAGUGUACAACGGCGACGACAGCAUCUCGCUGAAGGCAGACAGCAAAAAUAUCACAAUCACUAAUUCCAAGUUCUACAACGGCUUGGGCAUCGCCAUUGGCAGCAUUGGGCAGUACUACGGGGCGUUUGAGGUCAUCGAGAACGUGCACGUGGACAACAUUUACUUCAAAAACACUCUCCACGCAUAUUACUUCAAGACAUGGACAGCAGAUCGAAAUGGCUACCCUCCCAACGGCGGAGGUGGCGGACGCGGGUACGCCGCCAACAUGGCCGCGAGUAACCUCCAGGUGGAGGGGCUGCGCGGCGGCGCAGUCACCAUCUCCCAGUGCACCCGCUUCUCCGGCGCCCCUGGGAGUGGAAAUUGCACCAACUCCGAGUUCCAGAUCCGCGACCUGGUCAUCGACGGGCUGAGAGGCACCACAUCUGACAGGACAGGUCGCGUAGCCAGUUUCCAGUGCAGCGCCGUCGCCCCCUGCACCAACCUCGCGCUGCUAGACGUCGACGUCAAGUUCAGCAACGGCAGCGACGCGGGGGCGUAUCUGUGUGGCAAUGUCGUGAAUCCGAUUGGAUUCAACUGUACGGGGCCGGCGUGUGAAGGGGGUAGUUCUACGGGAGGAUGUUGA